CAGUUACACUCUUCCAUUGAGGCAUUUAAAAAUCUUACUCUGCUGUUGCAACUCUCCUUCAUUCCAGUUGUUGUGGCCUGGGUCAGCCCUUGAGAAUCUUGGCAAGCCCUCCACCGCGGAAGGAAGCAGCAGUCCUGACGCUGAACUCUCACCAUGUCUCAGGCGGAAUUUGAGAAAGUCGUUGCUAUGGUCAGGGAAAUGAAGGCUUCGAUCUCCAAGCAAGAAAAACUGGAGAUUUACAGUCUCUACAAACAAGCCACCAUCGGGGACAUCAACAUCCCCUGCCCUUGUGCAACCGAUGUAACAGGCAAAGCCAAAUGGGAGGCCUGGAAUGGACGCAAAGGGAUGAGCAAGGCUGAUGCCAUGAAGAAUUACAUAGCAAAAGCAGAAGAGCUGAAAAAAAAGUAUGGAGCGUAAAAUUAA